GUCAACUCAUCAAUAAUGCCAAGAUUGCUAUUAUCUUUAACGUUCCUUUCUGGUCAUCUAAACAAAAUCAUUGCAUACAAAAUCCGGAACAAAUUCAUAAUCGGCAGCAGAGCCAUCUCCGCUGCUGUUUCCGGUUCGACGAACAAUAAGUUUGCAGGAUAUCAUUAUUACUCUUCGGGAUCAUCAUUUAGCAAGAAUUUUAAACGAAACAAUUAUCAGAAGAGACAAAAUAUGUCGUAUUUUCUGAUAGGCGUUUCUGGCGUCACCUGCGGAGGCAAAACGACUCUGACUAAACUACUCCAACGUUCCUUCCCUUGGAGUCGGAUAGUUCACCAGGAUUCCUACUUUUACGACGAUGACCACUCGUCCCACGUUCGCGUACCGGAAGUAGAGAAUCACGUCAACUAUGAAAUCUUGGGGUCGAUGGACAUGGCUCGCAUGCAUAAAGACAUCUCUGCAAUAUUACAAGGUCCGGGAGAGUUUUUUGAUGACAGGUCUCUGUCGAGGAGUAAGAAUCCCCAUCAGGACGCCACGCUUACGGAAGCUGACCCCAUUCCAAACUUUGAUACUGGGAUCGAAUUAUUAAAAACGGUGCAGAAUUUAGAAUUCGACUCGUCAAAAUACCGCAACAUUCCAGUCCUAAUAAUUGAAGGUUUUAUCAUAUUUGAAUCCCAAGUUAUCUUUGAUGCCUGUGACGCCAGAUUUUUUCUGACCUUAUCGAAAGAUGAGUGUCGCACGAGGAGGUCGACACGGUCCUACAAUCCACCAGAUUGUCCGGGAUACUUCGAUAACAUAGUUUGGCCCGAAUUUAGCCGUCAUUAUAACAAUCAUAUAAACGGUCGGUCUGGAAUUAAAGUGUUUCAAGGGACCGAGCCCAUCCAAUCCGUUUGGAAUGACAGCGUUCAAAUAGUUAAGUGUAGGUUGGACGAAAAAUAUUUUAUGGACAAGCUAUAAAAAAUUACUAGUUAAGAAAUGAGGUGGGUAAAGUCAAAUUGAUUUUUUUUGUAUGGUGCGACAAAAAUGCGAUACAAAUGGAACUUGAAGUGACAAAUUACAUAGUUUCGUAAAGUUUAUUUUAGUUUUACUACAAAUUAUAUGUAAACUUUUGAAUUUCAUAAAUAAAUAAUUUUAAUACGUUUGUGUAUGUUCAUAAAAGUA